GCUUAUUGUGCAAAUAUUUGUACGAUGCACCUUGACGUUAUUUGCAUUGCAUAUUGAGGUUCAAAGUAUUGCACAUUAUAAAGUCAUAAAAAUAACAGUUGCACAUUAAGGUGCAACGAGUUGCACCCUAAAAAGUUGGGUUUUAUUACAAAAAUGCCACCUUGCCUUUAUGUCCUUUGGAUCAACUCAUCGGACGGUCAAGAUGAGUUUGUACUUUGUAAAUUAAGAAGGCUUUGUAUUUGAUCUCUAUUCUAUAUAUAUAUAUAUAUAUAUGAGAGCUCUUCCUGUCCGGAAUUUCUGAACAGGACCCUGGUCCGGCCACCUCAAUUUGAGGUGAUUCCCGGUGGUAUUUUUUACCCAAAUUUUUUGUGUGCGUUCCUCAUCUAGUUCAUCCAUACCAAAUUUCAGUAAAAAAUUCAAUCGGGGUAUAUUCCGGACCAGUGAACUUGCAAAAAUCAUUUGACGACCUUCCUGAUUGAAUUUGUUGCUGAAAUUUGGUAUGGAUAAACUAGACUUGAUGAGGAACAUACACAAAAAUUUGGGUAAAAAAUACCACCGGGAACCACCUGAAAUUGAGGUGGCCGGACAGGGGAGUGGUCCGGCCUGGCUGGACCUGAAUCCUCCUGUGUGUGUAGAGAGAGAAGAUCUCAUGAGAAGCAUGUCUUGGGCUGAAGUGAGAACUUGUGUGUGCCGUCGGAUUUGUUCAGAUUCAAGUGCAUCAUUACAUUUUGUGUACCGUCAGAUUUGUUCAGAUUCAAGCGCCUCAUUAAUGGCAAGCUUUGUAAUAUUUUGGAACUCCAUACCUAUUUAGAACUGGAAGAAGGAUUAACGACCCGGUGUGUUGUCUUCUCUCUCCGAUCCUCUUCGUCUACCUCUAGCUGAAUUGCCAUGUUUGAUUUUAGGUGAAUAUUAGGAGUAUAUAAUAAAUAUGAGUUUCGAUUGCAUCAAACCAAAAUAAAUAUUGCGUACAGAAUCAAAAUGGAUUACCACCAAGAUCAAGUGGAUCUCCCAAAAAGGUGACCUAACCUUUCGUUGAUGCUAGCUUUUCCUUUCUCCACUUUCUUGAGAACAAUAAAAUUUGGACAACACAGUGAGGAGUGAGCACCAUUCAAGUUUGAAUUUUAUCAGAAUCUCUAGUACCGAAGUUUAUCCUCUCUCCUUUCAAAGUAUGUACUUGGAGCAUUUAAGGUGUUUGAAGAUAUGUCUGCAAGAGGCUAUCAUGUUGAGCACAAGAGUUUCACAUUUUAUAAGAAUGGGAGUUUAAAAUAGGCCUUAGAGCUUUAAUUGAAUGCUUUGUUUGGAGUUCUACCAAGUGACUGUUAAAAUGAUUCAUUGGUAAAUAAAAUCAAUAGACUUCUUUGAUUUGAGUAGAUUUACAAUCUAGGCAUCUAGCUGUACGAAUACAUUAGCUAAUGUUCUUGUGUUGCUGACUUCCUAUUUUCUUAGACUUCUAUGUUUAGUUAUGAUGAUGUAAAAUGAUUAUUAACAUAUUGGAUGUCUUCUUUGAAAUACUCUAA